AAUAUGAACUCGACCCUAUCAGCCCCGGGCAAGUCCCUUUCCGCUCCUCAAACCUCCAACUUCUCGCAAGCCUCCUCGCAAGCACCCCCACCUGUGGGCUUUGAUUCCGCUCGACGCCAAGGUACAGGUCAAACCCAGGGAUCAAGCGCUUCACAAUCCGCCCCACGGAGGAAUCAGGGCGCCAGACGGCAACAUAGAGACAUGAGGCGCCCCGGCGCAAUGCGGCAGCAGAGCCGUGUGAAUGAUGACGAAGACAUUUUGGCCGAAAUGCGAGCUAUGCGGAAUGCUUCGAGCCGUCGCGGACAGACCUCCAUUACACAUUUGCUGAAUUUAAACCCUCCGCCUCGCCCAGUCUACGACAGCACUCACAGCUAUUCCUCCCGCUCUUAUCGCCGAAACCCUAGCUAUGGCGUUGGUUCCGGCUACCAUUCUAUGGACAAGGCUCGCUAUGUUCAUGCCAAUUACCGAUUCGUCGUGUCACCCGGUGGCAAUUACACGGCGCAAGCAUCAGACGCAGACGAACAUCUCGAAUGGACCGAUAUCCUACAGAUCGUUGCUUCAACAGAGUCGCAACAGACCUCAUGCCCAAUCUGUCUUUCGGAGCCCGUCGCGCCACGCAUGGCGAAAUGCGGCCACAUUUUCUGUCUGCCAUGUCUUAUCCGGUUCAUGAAUACGAUGCCCAAUGAUGACGGCCGCUCACACCCGGAAAAGAAGCAGAAUCGAUGGAGAAAGUGCCCCAUCUGCGAUGAUACAGUCUACCUAAACGAAGUUCGCCCGGUCAGGUUCUAUGCCGGUCAAGAGAGCGCCCUCCCCCGGCCAGGCGAGGAUGUAGUGCUGCGUCUAAUGGCGCGCAAUGCAAAGAGCACUCUCGCACUACCCAAAGAAGGCGCUGCAGAGGUACUGCAAUCGGGCGAUGACAUCCCCUGGCACUUUGCCGCCAAUGUUCUGGAUUAUGCAAGGAUCAUGAAGGGUACUACCGGGUAUAUGGAAGAGCAGUAUGACCAAGAAGUGGACGACUUAACCAAGCAGGAGAAAGAAGAUGAACUGAUGUUCCACGAAGAUAACGAAUGGACCCAGAAAGCCAUCAGGGCAGUUCAUACGGCAAAGGAGAAGUUGAAGGAGCUUGAUUCUAGCCAGACAACGGCACUUGCAACAUCGGCCGCUGCCGGAUCCCAGUCCAGGAAGCGUGAUGAGGACCUUGAUUUCUUUUUCUACUCUGCACCUCCGCAUCUUUACCUCUCACCCUUGGACAUUAGGAUUUUAAAGACCCAAUUUGGCUCUUUCUCUGAAUUCCCAACCACACUUCUUCCAAGGGUUGAGCAUAUCUCUACAGGCAACGCCGUCGACGAUGUCAUGCGGAAACGCGCCAAAUACUUGGGUCAUCUACCCCGAGGAUGUCUCAUCAGCUUCCUCGAAUGCAACUGGACUGACAUCGUUACCCCUGAGGUUCUUGAAACCUUCAAGGAGGAGAUCGAGCGCCGGCGUAAGCGAAAUAAGGACAAAAUUGCUCAGGAGGAGCGUGAGCGUCUGCAGGCAGAGCGCCUGGAAGCCGCUGCUAUCCGUGGUGCCAGGCGUCAGGCGGGCCCGUUAGCAGAGGAAGGGAUCAUUCGGUAUGGUAAUGCCGAUGCGGAUCGGCCCCCGGUGAACAUGGACGACUUCAUCCCUCUUGGUGCGGAAGCGCCAAGUACGACACCACCAAAUCCAAGGACUGGAUUUGGUACCCUGUCAGAGAUGAGUACCAGCCCGAGUGCACAAAGGACGGUCUGGGGUACGCCGGCUAUUCAUGGGGAUGAGCCGGAAUACAUGGUGCCCAAGAACCCGGUUGAUGAUGGCUGGUUGAAGGAUGAUGAUGUUAUAGACAGUCUGAGCACGCAGGAUAUCGCUUUCCAGAUGGAGGCAAUGGGCCUCGAGAAUGGUGCUGGUAGCAGCAGUGCUGCCGCUGCCGCUUCCGCGGUGGGCGGUGCUAAGGCCGGCGGUGGCGCCAAAGGUGGAAAGAAGAAGAAACAGAAGAUCACAUUGAUGAGUACCGGAGGUAGGAGGGGCCUCUAGGAACACUGGCCUGGAAAGGUUAGCAGAUUAUCAAAAGCCGGGUCAUCUCUUUAGACAUUUGCGCAACAAGAUCAUCAAGAUAUUGGCUUCUGACCUGGG